AUGACUACCUCUUUCGAAUCCGAGCUGGUCGAGAUGCCAAAGUCUCCAGCUUCUCCUACAUCUGACAAGGGAAGAGUCAGGAUCUCCGCGAGGUCUAUCAGAAGUAGCGCAGACCAUGAACGUCCGACGGAGCAAGAGAUGCAUACCCUUCGACGCGUCUCAGGCCAAGUUCCCUGGACAGCAUAUACAAUUGCCUUUGUUGAGCUGUGUGAGCGUUUCUCCUACUAUGGAACUACUGUUGUUUUUGUGAAUUUCAUCCAGCAGCCUCGUCCUGAACACUCCAAGACUGGUGCUGGUUUCUCGGGACAAUCUGGUGCUCUAGGAAUGGGACAGAGAAUGUCCACUGGACUGACCACCUUCAACACCUUCUGGUGCUAUUUAAUGCCCAUUCUGGGUGCCUGGGUGGCUGAUGAAUUCCUGGGACGUCUCAAAACCAUCCAGGGGUCUCUUUUCUUCGCUCUCGUGGGCCACGUCCUUAUACUAAUAUCUUCUCUACCCCCGGUGAUGGCCCAUCCCAGUGGUGCUCUGACAUGCUUCGCCAUUGGUCUCGUUAUCUUCGGUAUUGGUGUAGGAGGAUUCAAAUCGAACAUCGCUCCCUUAAUUGCUGAACAGUACAAGGAGACCCGGUUUUUCAUCAAAACGAUCCCCAAAACAGGAGAACGGGUCAUCGUAGACCCAGCUCAGACUAUUACCCGCAUCUUUCUCUACUUCUAUUUCGUCAUCAAUGUCGGCGCCCUUGUCGGCAGUAUUGCCAUGGUCUAUGCCGAGAAGUAUAUGGGUUUCUGGUUCGCGUAUAUGCUGCCGACUCUCAUGUUCCUGUUCUGUCCUGUCGUCCUGUUCAUCUGCAGGAAUAAGUACCAGGUAACGCCUCCAACGGGCUCUGUUGUGGGCAAUGCCGUCAGGCUCUGGGCCUUGGCUCUGGGAGCUGCUUGGUCGUGGAAUCCAGCUGAAUUAGUGCGGAAUUGCCGCUCUUCGUACUUCUGGGAAAGAGUGAAGCCCAGUCGAGUCCAGAAUAAGCCGCCAUGGAUGACCUUUGAUGAUCAGUGGGUUGAGGAAGUGCGCAGGGCUUUCAAAGCCUGCUCUGUCUUCCUCUGGUAUCCUGUCUACUUUCUGGCCUACGGACAAAUGACCAACAAUCUUACUUCGCAGGCGGCAACUCUGCGGCUGGACGGCAUCCCCAAUGAUAUUAUCUUGAACCUUGACCCGUUGGCGUUGUUGAUCUUGAUUCCAAUCAUGGACUACUUCAUCUACCCCGGAAUCCGCAAACUGGGAAUCAGGUUCACGCCGAUCAAGAGGAUUUUUACGGGAUUCAUGGUCGCUACACUCUCCAUGGCCUCAGCAACUGUGAUUCAGUAUUAUAUCUAUAGGAAGAGCCCGUGCGGUGACCACCCAAGCCAUUGUCCCAAACCGACUCCUAUCAGCGUCUGGGUUCAGGCUCUACCAUACGUGCUGGUUGCGUUUUCAGAGAUCUUCACCUCCAUCACGGGAUAUGAGUAUGCAUUUACCAAGGCGCCCAGGAACAUGAAGAGUUUAGUGCAAUCCCUUUACCUCUUCAUGAAUGCCAUCUCAGCCGCUUUCGGACAAGCCUUGACGCCCCUUUCAGCUGAUCCCCUUCUCAUCUGGAACUACGGAUUCGUCACCGUCCUCGCCUUUGUAGGCGGUGUACUAUUCUUCAUUACUAAUUACAACCUGGACAAACAGGAGGAUGUCCUGAAUAAUAUCGAGGCGUCGACUUAUCUUGGUCGUCGUCGUUCUAUGCGGAAGGAAGAUCCUGAGAGGUAAUUGAGCAAAAAAGAUGAACGAGUGGACGGAUGGAUCCGUUUCAUUCAUCUUUUUAUUUUUAUUAUUUUCUUUUUCUUGGCGCAUACAGAUACAGGUCUUAUUUGUGACUGGAGUUCAGGGAGUUCUCCAUGCUCUUCAUGUCCAACUCAACGGACAAUGGACGAUGGUUACACGGUUACUGGAUGGGCUUUCAUGUUGGGUGGAUUAUGAAUAACGAAUUAUGGAAAGGGAAGAAAUACUCCAUACAGUUGUGCUCUCCCUAUGAUUACAAAGGGA